GUACAAUUUAUUAAUUUUUAUACCACUUAUCAAUCGCAAUUAAUUUACUAAAAUUAAAAAAAUAAUUAAUUAGUAUUUUUUUAAAAGUGUUUUAUUAUUAAAAUUUACAAAUUUCUAGUGAUCAGAAGUUACCAGGUGGCAUAGCCCCUGGUACACCAUCUGCGGCCAUGAUCAUGGAUGGGAUUGAAACACUUGUGGCGCCAUCACAUCACCACACAUAUUUAUUAACAGAGAGCGCAGCUCCAGCCCAUCAUCCACAUUUUAAUGUUUUAAGUUUUGAUUCAUGCAUUUUAAAAUCAGUUGUACAACAGCAACAACAACAGCAGCAGCAACAACAACAACAACAACAGCAGCAACAUCAACAAACUAGUCAGCAAACACAAACAUCGAUUCCCCAUCAUUUAUAUUCGUCAUCACCUUCAUCAUCGUUAGCAGCAGUAGCAGCAGCAGUACAGGGAUCAGUAGCGGCAGCAUCAACCACAUCACAUCAUCAACAGUUACCACAACAAUUACCAUCACCAUCUACUGGUAGUAGUAUAACAGCUACAGUAUCUGGUUUAAGUGUAAAUAUUCCAAGUAGUGGAGCUUUAACGAGUCAAUCAGUCGCCGCUUCACUAUUUCAUCAGAGUUUAUCAACAAAUAAUAAUAAUAGUAAUACACAAAAUAAUAAUAAUAAUAAUAGUAGUAAUAAUAAUAGUGCAAUAAUUUCAACACCUUCAAAUAGCGGUGGUAAUACAAUAGAAACAAGUACAUCAGGUCCAACUGUAACUUGUACCAAUAAUAAUAGUGAUAGUGGAAGAAAUCCAUCAAGUCAUUUAAGUUUACUUAAUACGAGCGUAUCGAGUGGAAGUGGUAGUAUAGGUGGUAGUGGUAUUAGCAAUAGUGGUAAUAAUACUAGUGGAAAUAAUAACAGCACAGUUAAUAAAGAUAUUGAAACACAACAGGGUGAUUUGAACACACCAGUAACAACAUCGAGUGAUAUUCCAUCAUUUUUCGGUCCUUCAGGUGUUGUUGAACAAGCAACCAUUACAGGUUCAAUAGAAUCCGAAGACUUAUCACUAGAACCUCAAUCAACCUCCAGUCCAGUACACAGUUUGUGCAGCCCUUUAAAAGAAGAACGCAGUUCACCAGCAUUAAUUGUUAAGGAAGAAACAAGUAACCCAUCUUUAGGAGGCUUAUCAGCAUCAGUAGCGGCUGUGACAGCGCAUCAAUUAGGAUCAUCUCAAUUACAAGGAUUGCCUGGUCAAAUGUCACCCCCAUCAGCUGGUCUUGGCACCAAUUGGAACCUUCCUAGUCCCGACAAAACUAUUUUCCAAACCCCUAUGUUUAGCUUAUUAGGUCCCGGACCUCAGUCUACAGUACAACCACAUUAUUCAACGCAAUCAGCAGCCAGUACAACAUCACCUUCACCCCAUCAUAUGCAUACUUCAGGUUAUAGUGAAGAAAGACCACCACAUAUUGAAUUAAUGGGAUUGACAAUGGAAUGUCCGCCUAGUUUGCUACUGAAACAACAAUCUGCAGCUGCUGCUUACGGUACUAGUUGUCUAUCAAAUUUAGAUCUUCAAGGAGUUCAAGCUGCUCAAGACAUUCAUCAGUAUACGAGACAGCAGCUAGCUGUUUCAACCCCAAAAUAUCAAUGGCUCGAUACCCAACCAGAUUUUGGAAGUGUAGCACAGCAGCAAAAUCUUGUUGUUCCUGGACCUUCAUCGUCUUCAUCAGUAGCUAGCAUUAUUCCAAAACAAGAAAUUUAUGCGCCAGAAGGGAGCAGUUUGCAUUUACAACAGCCGCAUCAUCAACCACAUCCUCAUCACCAUCAGCAACCUCAAGGACAAUCAUUAUACAACCCCGCCACGCAAUUGGCUGAAUAUAACCCGUCAACUAGUAAAGGUUUAGAAAUUUUACAACAAGUUUAUCAACAAGGUAGUCUACCAUUGAAAUUAGUUCCAGUUAAACCACGUAAAUACCCUAAUAGGCCAAGUAAAACUCCAGUUCAUGAGAGACCAUAUGCGUGUCCAGUCGAAAAUUGUGAUCGUCGAUUUUCACGUUCUGAUGAACUCACUAGACAUAUAAGAAUACAUACUGGUCAAAAACCAUUUCAAUGUAGAAUUUGUAUGAGAUCAUUUAGUCGAUCAGAUCAUCUUACAACACAUGUACGAACGCAUACUGGUGAAAAACCAUUUUCAUGUGACGUUUGUGGUAGAAAAUUUGCUCGUUCUGAUGAAAAAAAGAGACACGCAAAAGUUCAUUUAAAGCAGCGUAUUAAAAAAGAAAGUAAAAUGAACCAACAGCAACAGGCUGCAGCAGCAGCAGCUGUAGCCGCUGCGACCGCUGCUGCUGCUGCUCAACAACAGCAACAACAGCAGCAGCAACAACAACAACAUCAUCAUCACCAUCAUCCUCAUCAUCAACAUAGCCAUCAUAUGCUUCAUUCCGGAGAUAUUUCAAUAGUUACAACUACUUCAAAUAAUUUGUAGACCGAGCAGAAAUCAUCGAUCGGUGAUAAUGCAAAUAUUAGUAAUACAAUUAUUACAAGAGCAUCCGCUACAACUAAACCUCAGGAAACUGUACAGGUUGCUACACAGACUGAAAAUUUAAAUAGGGUAGUAAGUUGUACAACAGUUAGGCCAAAUACUGUAGUCGAUGGGCGAACUUUUAGUUCCACAGAAACACAAACAAGUCCAAUAAACGAACAAAAUUUUGUUCAGCCCUCUAAUAUUACAAGUCAAUCCGGACAACAAACCCAACCACAACAGCAACAGCAAGCUACGAGAGAAACAAGCCGAGAAUUGUAUAUAUUAUUUUUGCUUCCGUAAGUUGAAAUAUGAAAUUUAUUAAGAAAUGAAAGAAAAAAUUAAUUUUCAAAUUUUAAGUUUUCUUUCACAUUACCGUAAAUAUUAAUUUUCUUCACUUCUAAAUAUAAAUAAA